AUGGUUCGCCACAAGAAAGAUGGCAUGUCCUCCAAAUCCAAAAAAUUCUCCAGCGGUCACUCACGCCACACGCCUCGCAAUGCCACAAAAUCAGGAGACACCGACCUCGAUAUCCCCGUCAGCGUCAUUGACGAAAAUGGCGAGCCUACCUCCACAACAACGACCACUGGCAGCGCAAAGCCACCCUUCAAGGCCGCCUGUUGGGACUUCAACCACUGCGACUCCAAACGCUGCUCUGGCAAACGCCUCAUGCACUUCGGCCUCAUGCGCGAGAUGGCAGUUGGGCAGAAAUUCCCCGGCGUCGUCAUCUCGCCUAACGCGAAGAAGGUCGUCUCUCCAGCCGACCGCGAAUUACUAGAACAGCACGGUGCCGCUGUCGUGGAAUGCAGUUGGGUGCGCAUCAAGGAGAUUCCCUGGGCACGUAUCGGCGGGAAGUGCGAGCGCUUGCUGCCCUACUUGGUCGCGGCAAACCCACCGUUCUUGGAGAUCAACAGUCAGCUCUUUGCGCGGUAUCAGAAGUGUAAGGAUGAAGAGGAAGUCAAGAAGGCGGAGGAGAACUGGAUGAAGAAGCUGGAUCGGGAGUAUGAGAGGAGUCGGAAGGAGGGCGAGGAGGGUGGGGAUGCCUGGGCUGGGGGCAAUUUGAAUAGGCAGGAAGUCUAUGAUGAGAGUAGUGAGGAGGACGAUCAAGAUGAGGACGAGGAUGAAGAAGACGAAGAUGGUGGAUUCGUUCAGCAGGGUGUCUCAUUAGACCUGCCGCCCGAUGAGGAGGACGAAGAGGAAGAGGCUAUGAUGGCGGAGAUAAGGCGGAAAGUUCUCGCCUCGAAACCUUUCCAAGAUCCUGGAAAGAUGGCGAAGGAGGAGAAGAGUGAGCCCGUCGAUGCACAGAGGUCGGACGCCAUGCUCAAGAAUGAGCCACCUGGACCGCCGCUGGUUGAUUCAGACGAGGAGUCUGGCUCGGAUGAGGACUUUGACGACUUCAACAAGAUCGUCAAUGCGACGCCGGUGACUGACAGAACCGGUAUAGUGGCACGUGAACGAGCAAAGAAGCUCGAGGUAGCCAGCGCUUCCUUCCAGCGCGAAGUCAUCUCGGCGCCCAAGAGAUGGUGA